AACAGAACGGAAAGGCUACGAUGCAAAGGCAGAGAAGCCCUGGGUCGAGGUAUGGCGGGGUUCAGCAGAACAUGCUUGCUGACUGUGGAUUGGAUAGUUGGAGAGGACAGCUUGCCAACGAUUGUUUAAGCUCAAAAGUUAGUUAGGUUCCUGCGAAGGCCGCGUUUCCGUUCGGACCAUCACCCCGACGUCUCAGCGACUCCCCACGGCCUCCGCCAACGCAGCGCACCUCACCAGCACGCAAGGCUCCCAGCGAGCCCGCAAGCAAAAGCCCCCGGGCACCCCCAACGCUCGUGCUUUGAUCGCCACGCCCGUAUCCGCAUCCCGCAACCCCAGACGACCCGCCGACACCUCCGAUGCGGCAUGUCCCUCUCACAUCAAUACCACCAGCCCAACGCGCCAGACUCGCCCGUUGAUGACAGCGACUCGGACCUCGAGCUGCUCGACCCCAUCCAGACGCCCGACCAUGACACCGACCCGCCUGCGCCCUCGUCGCGGCCCCAGUACCAGCUGGGCGCCCGAAUUCCUCUCCGCAACCUGCGCGUCGGCAGGCUUCGCGGCAACAGAGACCAGGACCCAGACGCCGAGAGCCUGCGCGGCCUCAUCGACGACGAUGACGCUCCCAAGCACCAUUCUGCUCAUAACAGCAUAGGCACCAUCGGCGACGACGAUGCCCCUUUGCUGCCUACGACGCGCGUAAGAGACGCGGCGCCGAAACAAGGCAGAAUCCAACGGCUAGCCUCGCGCAUGCGGCUACCCAGCUUCAAGUCUUCCAAGAGCUCGCUCGCACCGCCUGAGCAUACCGAAGACCAGGCCGAGGAAGAGCAUGACCCCUCUUCCAACCGUACCGUCGCCGUCGGCCAGGCCCAAUCCACCCGCUUCCCUCCGAACGCUGUUUCCAACGCCAAAUAUACCCCAUGGAGCUUCCUCCCACGCACCCUGUACAACGAAUUUUCUUUCUUCUUCAACAUGUAUUUCUUGCUCGUUGCGCUUUCACAGGUUAUUCCGCCGUUGCGCAUCGGCUACCUCUCCACGUAUGUUGCGCCGCUGGCGUUUGUCUUGUGCAUCACCCUCGGAAAAGAAGCGAUAGAUGAUAUACACCGGCGACGUCGAGACGCCGAAGCCAACUCGGAGAACUACACGGUCUUGAGAUUCGAUGACCCAACAGUCACAGGCACCACAACGGGAAAGAGUUUUGGAUCACGGCGCAAAGGGAAGGACAAGCGCAAGAGCACUCGAACUUCUGAGGUUGGGCGCGAGGAAGAAAACUUGGUUGGCGAGAGACCGACGGCGUCGGUUACAGAGGCCAAUAAGCCUUCAAAAGAUCUCAAGGUGGGCGAUAUCGUCAAGCUUGGAAAAGACCAACGUGUGCCAGCGGAUAUGGUGGUCCUCAAAUCAUAUCUGAGUGAGAAUGCGAUACAAGAGCCCCAGGAACCGUCACCUCCAAUAAAGCCGGAACCGAACCUUAUUGAUACGGAUACAAGUGGUUCAGAGGUCCAGGAAAGUGUGCAGAAGGAGAAUGAAGCGGCGAUGAAGGAGAACACAGCAUCCAGCAGUGAUUCAUCGGGGGAAGCCUUCAUCCGGACGGACCAGCUUGAUGGUGAAACCGACUGGAAGUUACGUCUCGCUUCGUCCCUCACUCAGGCUCUAGACGUCGGUGAAUUCACGCGCUUGCGGAUCGUGGCCGGCAAACCUGACAAGAAGGUCAAUGACUUUGUGGGAACAGUGGAACUUCUGCCGAAACCAAAGAGUGGUUAUGAUCCUCACGAGGGCGAUGCUUCUGAAACGCCACAAUCUGCUCCUCUGACUAUUGAUAAUACCGCCUGGGCGAACACAGUUUUGGCUUCUACAUCUACGGUUCUCGCUGUGGUUGUUUAUACUGGAGUCGAGACCCGUCAAGCCUUGUCUACAUCUCCCUCGAGGUCAAAGACCGGUCUCUUGGAAGUUGAGAUCAAUUCGCUGACCAAAAUUCUUUGUUUCCUCACGCUUGCUCUGUCAUUCAUUCUUGUCGCUCUUCAAGGCUUCAAGGCUGAAGGUGGCAGGGAAUGGUAUGUUUCUGUCAUGCGGUUCCUUAUUCUCUUUUCGACCAUCGUCCCUAUCAGUCUCCGUGUCAACCUGGACAUGGGCAAAUCCGUCUAUGCUCGUUUUAUCGAGAAGGAUCAGGGUAUUCCGGGUACUAUUGUACGAACCAGUACAAUUCCAGAGGAUCUUGGGCGGGUUGAAUAUCUCCUCAGUGACAAGACGGGAACGCUCACCCAAAACGAAAUGGAAAUGAAGAAGAUACACGUUGGUACCGUCUCAUACGCGAAUGAAGCAAUGGACGAAGUCAAUGCCUACGUUCAACAAGCAUUUCCAAUGUCCGCAGACGGAUCGGAGUCUUCGACGCUUAUUACCCCAUCUUCGGCAUACACAGCGCCUGCGACUUCCGCCACGAGAACUCGACGAGAAAUUGGGUCACGUGUGCGUGACGUUGUCUUGGCUCUAGCUCUUUGCCACAACGUUACGCCUACCACGGAGGAAGUGAACGGAGAACUUAUCACGACCUACCAGGCGUCGUCCCCUGAUGAGAUUGCCAUUGUGAGAUGGACUGAAAACGUCGGCCUUCGGCUUCUCCAGCGGGAUCGUCACAGCAUCACCCUUCAAUCCGUGGAAACAGGCCGGACGGUUGUCAAAGUACAGAUUCUCAAUGUAUUUCCUUUUACGUCGGAAGGUAAACGCAUGGGUAUCGUUGUCAAGUUCUUCCAAGGAUCGGAAAAUAGCCCCAGCGACAACGGUGAAAUUUGGUUCUAUCAGAAGGGUGCCGAUACCGUUAUGGCCUCCAUCGUCGCUGCGAAUGACUGGCUUGAUGAAGAAACGGCAAAUAUGGCAAGAGAAGGCCUUCGCACACUGGUCGUCGGACGCAAGAAGCUGUCGCCUCAACAGUACGACGACUUCACCAACCAGUUUUCUCAAGCCUCUUUGUCCUUGCAUGGACGCGACGCCGCGAUGGCGAACGUGGUCAAGGACUUUCUUGAGAACGACCUGGAGCUGCUGGGUGUCACUGGUGUCGAAGACAAGCUGCAGCGCGAUGUCAAACCUUCACUCGAGUUGCUCCGCAAUGCUGGCAUCAAGAUCUGGAUGUUGACGGGUGACAAAGUCGAAACUGCGCGUUGUGUGGCUGUCAGCUCGAAGCUGGUCGCCCGUGGCCAGUAUAUCCACACAGUCGCCAACAUGAAGCGCAAAGACCUCGCCAACGACACUCUGGAUCUUUUGCGUGGAAAACCAGACUCUUGCCUUUUGAUAGAUGGCGAAUCGCUCUCUCUUAUGCUCACGCACUUCCGCGAGGAUUUCAUCUCCAUUGCCGUCCGUCUUCCAACGGUCGUCGCCUGCCGUUGCUCGCCGACACAAAAGGCCGACGUUGCUAAGCUCAUCCGCGCUUACACCAAGAAGCGUAUCUGCUGCAUCGGUGACGGUGGUAACGAUGUUUCCAUGAUCCAGGCAGCUGAUGUCGGUGUCGGUAUCGUCGGCAAAGAGGGAAAACAAGCGUCUCUGGCUGCGGAUUUCUCCAUCGAACAGUUCUGCUACCUCACCAAGCUGCUCGUGUGGCACGGCCGAAACAGCUACAAGCGCUCGGCCAAGCUCGCGCAGUUUGUCAUCCACAGAGGUCUGAUCAUCUCCGUCUGCCAAACCAUUUACAGCAUCGCGUCCAAGUUCGAGCCGAUCGCACUCUACCGCGACUGGCUGCUCGUUGGCUACGCGACGCUGUACACGAUGGCGCCCGUCUUCUCGCUGGUGCUUGACCGCGACGUCGACGAGUCACUGGCGAAUCUAUACCCGGAGCUGUACAAAGAGCUCACGACAGGCCGCAGCCUGAGCUAUAAGACGUUCUUCAUCUGGGUGGCCGUGUCCAUCUACCAAGGCAGCAUGAUCCAAGGGCUCUCGCAGAUUUUGGUAGGAGUGACCGACUUCCACAAGAUGGUCGCCGUGUCGUUCACGGUGCUGGUGAUGAACGAGCUAGCCAUGGUGGCCGCAGAGGUCACGACGUGGCACCCGGUUAUGAUCUUCAGCAUCCUGGGCACGGCCAGCAUCUUCUUCGGCAGCAUCCCGUUCUUGGGCGACUACUUUGACCUGCAUUACAUGAUUACGGUCGACUUUGCGUGGCGCAUUAUUGUGAUUGCGGCGAUUGCGCUGGUGCCGCCUUAUGCGGGCAAGAUCAUUGGACGUACGAUUAGACCGCCAAGCUAUCGCAAGGUGCAGGCUGUUUAGAGGGCGUUGGUGCGCGUAUGUAUAUGUAGGUAGCUGGCCUCUUUGGGGCGUCGCAACUAUUUUUUGUCUUAUUUC